AUGGCACUGCGGGCAGGUCAGCCUGCUUCUCGCAUGAGCUCCUUCUCGAGAGGCAUGAACGCCGAUGAGCAGUCCUCGGAUACCGCCAGUUUGAUUCAGCAACUUGGACUCUUGCAAAGUACAUCGGAUGUUGACGAGCUGAGCCGCUUGUCAGACACAGCGGAGAGACUGCGGCAUGAUUUAGGUUCCAGCAGCAAUGCAUCAGCAAAGGAUACAUUCCGGCAUGGCCACGGCUUUGAGAAGACAUUGCAGGUACUUCACGAACUUGGGACCAACCCCAUCGCGCCGAUGAGGAAUCUGCUUCAACUGCUGACAGCUGCUCUGCGCCACCGUGGCAACGAUCGGUACUUCAGCAAUCACCUCCACGGUUGGGACUCUCUGGGGAAGAUAUUCAAUGCCUUUGAUUCUCAGGAGCAUGUGUCCUCUCUACUGGAAGGUCUUCUGGCGCUGGCGGUGGAUGAAAUUGGCGAUACGGCUUCAGACCCGAGGCACCGGACCAUAGUCCACGCACGAGCAUGUGAAUGUGCAACCCGAGUCGUGCUCGGGCACAAGCAGCCAGUGGAAUGGUUGGAAAGCCUCGCAGCACUCAGUGAAACGAGCACGCGUAAUGCUUCUGCGCUGUCGCGGACCAACAUCGCCCACGACAUCCUCCAUUACCUCGACACCGCAGCGCAAGAUGAUACCUUGAGGCCGACAUGCACGAGACUGCUCCUGAGCGUAGCUCGUUAUGGGUUACAGAGCCUGGACGACGUUGUUGGACUCUUCAAGUCCGCAGCUGCGUCCGACACAGCCAAGGAGACUCUACUUACUCUGCUCCGAAGUUCGAAAGAGCCUGCUUUCAUUCAGUUCGAUCUCAGCUUAUGUGGGUACUCGUCCAUAGAAUUCCCGCGCUUGCCAGGCGCGUUUCCGCCAUCCAUCGGCUACAGUUUGACGGUCUGGCUAAAGAUUGAUGAGUUUGAUCCGAAUGCGCAUACAACCAUCUUCGGCGCCUUCGAUGCGAAUCAAGGGUGCUUUGUCAUGAUGUACUUGGAGAAAGACAGCCAUCAACUGAUCUUGCAAACAAGCAUGAGAGCUCCGAGUCCGAGCAUUCGAUUCAAGUCGACCCAUUUUGAGGCAUCCACGUGGUAUCAUAUUGCCAUCGUGCAGCGCAAAAGCCCGACUGAGCCAAACCAAAGCAUGGCCUCUCUAUUCGUGGAUGGGAACUUUGCCGAGCAGCGAAAGUGUCACUACCCUGAGACUCCCGAUGAAAGUCUGGAACGAUCGAACUCACAAUCUGCCUCCAUGCCUGCUGCCCAGCGGCGCUUCAAGCCUGUACAGGCUUUCUUCGGUACACCACGCAGCGUCGCCUCCAAACCACGACCCAACGAAGUGACAACAAAGUACUCACUCGGAGGAUCUCAUCUGUAUCAGGUACCAUUGACAGACGAGUUUGUGGCCGUCCAUCAUCGCCUUGGACCGCGUUACAGCGGCAACUUCCAGGAUACACUUGGUCCUCUGCUCACCUAUCGAGCUUCUUCCGAGCUCAAUCGGUACAACGAAACCUUGCAUCCCGAUCGGUCUGACAGAUCCGACAUUAUGAUAGCGACCGAAGGCAGGGGCAGCGAAGUCGUGCCUGAGUCGCGCAUGUUACUUGGACUGAGCCCAUCCGCGCACAUCGACUUCGAUGCACCCAACAUCAACUUUGGCGGUCACGAUGUAGAGCUAGACCACAAAGCGCAGCAGAAGUACCAGAUACUAGCGAAACAAGUUCGAGCUGUCGCAGUCAACACGGCCGUUGCCACACUCAACGAAGCGGUGACUCGAUCGUAUGGCACUGGGCUCGUCAUGGGCGAUCCAGUCAUCGUGACAUCGAGACCUCUGGACGACGCAACUUGGCGGCUAUGUGGAUCUAUACCGAUUCUGCUGCAACAAUUGGAGUCGGCCACUUCUAAAAAAAGUUUCCUCCAAGCCGUUGAGAUUCUAGUUGAAUGCGUGCGCGAUAAUUGGCGCAUCAGCGAAGCGAUGGAAAAGGGCAAUGGCUUCGGAAUGUUGGCAUUGAUCAUUCGCGAGAAGCUGGGGUUUGAAGUUGCGUCAACUCCACAUGCUUCAACGCGGCGACCGUCACCAAUGAUUGGGUUCGAAGACCGCCAAAGCCUGCCGGCUGAGCUUCUGGAAACCAUCCUUGAUUUUGUUGGUCACAGCAAGUCGAACCCAGGAGAGUCGUUGUUGAUCAACCCGAUGGCAUAUCGUGUACUAGUCGUCGACUUCGAUACGUGGAGGCGAUGCGACUUGGCCAGCCAGACAAUCUACUGGAAGCAGUUCGUCGAUUUUACGAGUGGCAACAGACACAGUGCCUUCAACGAUAAGAGACUGACGAAAAUGAGGGUCGUCAAGAGGCUGAUUGAAGCUCUCAAGUCAGAGGACGUCACAGCAGAGUCUGCUCCCCUUAUGAUGACGGCGAUGAAAGCCCUGCUGGACACGACUGCGGCACAAUCACUUUAUCGCGACCUAGCAAUGUUCGUGGCAUACAGCCUCCAGGACAACCGCGCCAUGCAUGCUAUGGGUGUCAAAAGUUUCGCGAGCACCGUGAGCUUGAGGCAGAAAAUGGGCUCAUGGGCUCGCAACGGGCGUGGAUCUAGGCCAUCGACCCCCGGAGGAGCUCCCACGUCAAUCACCAAGCCUGCCCUCACACAGUACGAGAUUGCGAUCCUGACACUCAAACUUGUUCUCGAGAUACUCGGGGAAGAGCGAUCAAGCAUCAACGCCAAGCGCUUCAAUAAGGCCAUUCCCACGCGUUGGCUCCUUCAUCUCUUUGCUGAGACUGACGUCCGUGUCAUUGAGCUUACAUUGAGCUUAACCUGCAGGGCACUCAUAGCAUUAGGGUCAGAGUUCAAGAUCAACUUCGCCGACAAGAACAGCGGGUUCACGAUCCUGAAACUCCGCCUGAAGCCCUUCUGGAGGACGACAUCGAUCUGGAUGUUGUCUUUCGCAAUGCUCUUUGGUCGCAAUGUACCCUUGGACUGGCUUUCGCAGGACUUCUCAGCAUUUCACCUCGUCGAAAUGCUCUCUGUGGAUGAUUCACUGGCAAUAUGUCACCCGGAAAUGCUGCCUGUCAUCUUCACCAUGCUCGAAGCUGGAAUGCGAAAAGUUGCCAAAGACGAGGAGAAGCAAGAUGAGCUGGAGGCUCAUAUCUUGAAGACAGUCAUUCAGCUCCUUGGUGAGCUGUACGACCGCAGUAGUGCUUUCAGGGAUUUUACGAUCACCUCGAAAUACCUCCAGGAGCUCUUGUUUGUGCUCUUUCCCCUACUCACUGGGACGGAUCGACUGUCUGCGGAAACGGAACUUGGAUCUGGAUCGGACGCAUUGUCGUUUCGAGGGCAACAGGUCAGAAUGCGACCACAUUCAAAUUCACUGGGUGAGCGACCGCCCUCGGUUCGGAGUAUAUCCCCAGCGAAAGGCAGACGAACGCCGUCGCCAAUGGCUGCGAAUAGGGUGCAAGUCCCACGACGGAUAUCGUCUUUCGUUUUGAUCAACGACGGAGGCGAUCGAUUGGCCGUGCCUCCAGCCCAGUUCAAGGCGCCUAUGGCACCGAAAAGCGGUGGGAACUUGAAAAUCAAUGUCACCAAUUCCUUGGUGGAGAGCCUUCUGGAACUCACGAUUACGCUAUUCAUUGACCAAAUCUGCUAUAGAGACAAGUUCAGCGGCAUAGGGCUAUUCUUGAAGGUACCACCUGGCUUCAAGGAACACCAAGCCUACUUUGAAUCAUACGUCUUGGUGAACGCUCUUUCUCAAUUAGGCAGUCACCUUCGCCUAAACCAACGACUGCUCGUAGAGACACGAGUCUUGACAAACCUGGCGAGAUACGCCCAGCACAUGGCGGAAGCUGUGUCAGAAGGUUGGUUCAUUGAUGGCGCGCAGCCGUUGCUCGACUUCACCGGCGAGAUACUGGAGCAUCUUCAAGCACCGGAUGUUGCAUCACAAAAGGCAGUGCGGCUAUGCAGCCAAUCGAUCACAAUGAUUCGCGUUGUCUUCCUCAAGGCAACCUUAUGGAGGCUUUCCGAGCUGAAUGAAGAUGCGAACCAGAAGCACGUCGACGAAUUCCUCACGAAGAUGACUUACUGGCAAACGAUCCUGUUCUCCGCAGAAAACCAGGAGACCCUGUUCACUAAAUUGAUUUGCUACCUACUGUACCACAAGCUCGUCUCGGGAGUAAAGUCUGUUCGAUUGGCGGCGGCAAGACUCUGGCGGACGGUGCUGGUGCAGAAGCCGACAGAGACCGCAACAAUGCUCACGGCAACCAUGGGCCCGGACCAACGCCACCUUUCGACUGGUUUCAUGAAGUUGAUCUCCAUGGACGAUGAGGACUUCCUAGCUUGGGUGGACCAAACCCGCAGCGUUCUCGACAACUUAUUCCACAAGUCGCUGAGCAAGCCUUGGGACGACUUCGUGCAGAGCGAGAACCGUAGCGCAGAGGAUACGACCAAGCACCGGCUUUCCAAGCGAAGAGACAAGCUCAAGCAAUGGCAUAACGAGGAGUCCGCAGCAGAUGAAGUCAUUAACAAAUACGAGACGUCGACAAGCCACUGGAGGGCCAACGUGCAUGCUCAGGAACGUGUCAAGCUACAGAGAGCUCUACAAGACCAGCAGGAGAAUGUGAAUCAUCUUUAUGCCGCCUUCUCAAAGAUCGCUGUUCUGCUGCAUCAACCAUGCGGCCUCUUGCCUAUUGAGCCUUCAAGGUGGCAUCUGGACGAGACUGAAGCCGUCAAUCGUAUGCGCUUGCGUAUUGUUCCCGACACGACCGAGAUCAAACAAGAAUACCAGCCCAAGCGAAAGGCGUCACGAAGCGUAUCAAACGGAGCCAAGCUCGCAAUCGAUACACAGAUCUCGCGGAACUCCGACGGAACAUCGUUCCCAAUGCUAGCCGCUCCCAACACUACCCAUCUCGACGGUGCCAAUGAAUCCGUGGAGCAAGGCACCUCUGGACGGCCAAGGAGCGAGUCGGUAUCAAACUCCCAGCUCUUAGAAGGCGGGUUUGAGAUGGUCGAUGACCCCAAGGAGGACGAAGAUGGUGUUGUUGAGGACAAGAACCGCAAGAUCAUGACCAGUUUACAACGCAACGAUCAAGUGCAGCAGCUCUAUAACACAUCGCGUAUCGUGGGUCUUGAAGCCUGCGAAGGUCUAGUGGUUGUCGGGCAGAAGUGCUUCUACAUGCAGGACAACUUUUUUCAGAGAUCCGAUGGCGAGAUCAUUAGCGUGGCUCAGGCGCCUGCGGAUGAGAGAGACCCUUAUGUGCAGCUCAUAUCCGGCAAAGACGUUGGCAGUUCCAAGACCAAACACAGCAUUGGUGACCAGGAGACACGACACUGGACCUGGGCAGAAGUACUGAGCGUCUCGAAGCGUCGCUUUCUACUGCGGGAUGUCGCUAUCGAGGUCUUCUUCACAGACGGACGCAGCUAUCUGCUGACUUGCAUGUCUUCGAAAGUGCGGGACGACCUGUAUAGCGCGAUAGUGCAGAGGGCACCGCAUGUACACAGUACAUUCGGACUCGCCAGUGAGGACGCUUGGCGCCUCGACACCCUACGCAACCCCGAGGAGGCUCCGAAGAACUUGGGCUCGAAGUUCAACAGCCUCUUCAACAACGGGCCAGCCAAUACAGCUAUGAAGCGAUGGCAAAGAGGCGAGAUGUCGAACUUUCAGUACCUGAUGCUUAUCAACACGAUGGCUGGCAGGACUUUCAACGACCUCACUCAGUAUCCUGUCUUCCCAUGGGUACUCUCCGACUAUUCCAGCGAGGAGCUCGAUUUAGACGAUUCGAAGUCCUAUAGAGACUUUGCCAAGCCCAUGGGAUGUCAGUCACCUAUGAGGGAGGCUGAGUACAAGGAUCGCUAUAAGCAGUUCGCCGAAAUGGGCGAUCACAAUGCGCCGGCAUUCCACUACGGGACCCACUAUUCGUCGGCUAUGAUUGUCAGCUCGUACUUGAUUCGAUUACAGCCAUUUGUACAGUCAUACUUGCUAUUGCAAGGCGGAGCUUUCGACCAUGCUGAUCGCCUUUUCGACUCGAUCGAGAAGGCUUGGCUGUCUGCAUCAAAGGAUACUAUGAGCGAUGUUCGCGAGCUGACCCCGGAGUUCUUCUACUUACCGGAGUUCCUGACCAACAUCAACAAGUAUGAUUUCGGCACCAAACAGGUCACGGGCGAGGCUGUGAACGAUGUCCGUCUGCCACAGUGGGCCAAAGGGGAUCCCCAUAUCUUUAUUGCCAAACAUCGGCAGGCACUGGAGAGUCCUUACGUCAGCGAGCACCUUCAUGACUGGAUUGACUUGGUGUUCGGCUUCAAGCAACGUGGCGAGGCAGCAAUAGAGGCCACGAACGUGUUUCAACACCUCUCUUAUGGUGGUGCUCGAGAUCUGGACAAGAUCGAAGAUCAAGUGGAAAGACUUGCCACUAUCGGCAUAAUACACUCCUUUGGACAAACCCCCCAUCAGGUCUUUCAAAAGCCUCAUCUCUGGCGCGAGCUCGACAAGCAAGCCGAUCAAAGGCUCGACACGUUAGCAGAGACUUUGACGAAAUUGCCGGACACUGUGCUUAACAUAAGCGAAAAGGUCGUGGACUUCACCUUCUCCCCUACUCAGAACAGGCUUCUCACCAGCGGUCCUUGUCAGCUCAACGUAUUACCUGACUGCGACCGCUUCAUGCAGUGGGGUUUCGCCGAUCAUAGCGUGCGCUUCUUCUCCAAGCACUCGAAGCGAUUGCUAGGCCUCCAUGAGAACAGCCACGUGGGCCCAGUCACAGCAGCAACGUUCGUAGACAGCAAAACGCUUAUAACUGCGGGGCAAGACAGUACGAUUGGCGUCUGGAAAGUCCUCACUUCACGGGACCUUAUCGAACUUCACCCGAAGACAUAUCUCUUUGGGCAUCGUACUGCAGUAACGGUGCUGGCAGCAAGCCGUGUCUUCAGCACUCUUGUCUCAGCCUCUGCAGACGGCCAGACUCUGAUCUGGGGCCUGAACCGCUACAACUGCAUCAGGAUCCUCCUCUCACCUGGUGGUCCAGCAAUUCAAGCCGCACGUAUCAGCAACUCUAGCGGUCACAUCUUGCUGUGCAGAGGCUCGAAAGCCCUCCUAUACACCAUCAAUGGCCAACUUCUCGUUGAGCAGCAACUCUGCGACCGAGACGAAGACGACAUCUUAUCCUGCGCUUUCUACGAAGGGGCUAACGAGUAUCUUGAGAGGGAAUUGAUCUUCACCGGUCACGCGAACGGUUUGACAAACAUUUGGACGUUGACGGCGCUGAGCGACGGGAAGUGGUGCUUGCUGCUUGUAAAGAGGAUGAGCCAUGGGGAUCACUUUUCGGCGAAGAACAGGAGUGCUCCAGGCAUAACGGCCGUGUUGCCGGUUGCGAAGGCGGUCUACACGGGUGACGAGGAGGGGAACGUGUUCAGUUGGGAAACUGUUGUAAGGCAUAGCGGCGUGAGCAUGAGAGGGCGCUGA